AUGGGAGCGUCGAGCCGGACUUCUUCAACGCCAAGUGCCUGUGGCGGCCCAGAGCUAGAUUCGGAGCUUUGGGUGAGGGGGUCUUGGGGGGUGCCUGACACCGACCGAACGGCCCACGCCGGAUUCGGUGAGCUCUGGGAAGCUGCCGAGUGCGUCCGCGUCAUGGCAUUGGACGGAAGCCGUGGUAUUUUUGGUAGCUCAUUGCCUCAUGCGGCUGAAGUUGGGACCGGUUGGAAACAAGCUGAUGACAGCGGCCGAGGAAAACGAUUCCAUCGCUGCGACGUCAUGGAUCCGGAGCAAGCGUCUUGGGAGAGAGAGAGAGAGAGAGAGAGAGAAAUGGACGAUGACCUCAGACCGAGUUUGCGGCCAGUCGCGCAAAUGCCUUGA